AUGGAAGAUCAUUUGCGAGAACAUGCAGAGGCUCUAAAGCGUUUCAAAAAAGAAUGUAUGGAGGCCGAAUAUAUAUACCCUGGACUUAAACUUUGGAGGCAAAUAUCAAUCCCUUUGAUAUCUGUGUUUCCUAGGUUAACAGAUUUGCAUCAAGAGACAUGCUUACUACAGAAUCCUUUUUUUACGGUGGUUGACAUGGAUUGCUCCCCAUGUAGUAAUGUGCAAGAAGUGAGAGAACUGCAAGAUCCAAUAUUAAGGGACACACAGCAUGCUACUCCCCUAACUUAUAAGACAACCCAACUACCGGUGUCUUUGGACCAGUUACAUGAUUUAUAUGUGAAUAAUAAAAAAGAAUUUGAUGCAGAGGGUUCUAAGAUAUUAGUCAACAACAGACAUGAGUUAAUGCCUAAAGAGUGGUUCAGUCAAAUUAAAAAAGACAACAAUCUCUACAUGUGGAAGAUAAACACAUUAAAUUCAGCAAGAAUUCUACGGCAGCUUAUACCAAGACCAAAAAUUGUUCCUAAAUUUGGUCAAGCAUCAGAAAGGUUUAUCAUAGUCGAUACACAAAGAACUCAUUUUGAAAUACCAGACACAGAAUGCAACUACUCAUUUCUUCUGGCUCUUAGUGGCAAGAGAACAAUAUUGCUAAAACCGGCACAGGAGUGCAAACAUCUUUGUAAAUCUUUAAAAAUUGAUUUAAUGGAGUCACAGUUGUUAUGGUACAACUGGUGGUACUGGAGACCAUUAGCAGAGGAUGCUGCAAAAAACGAGACGUUUAUAUCCCAACUGGGAUCAUAUUGUUAA